AUGGCCCUGCUGCUGCCCCCGCCGCCAUCUAUGCACCGCGACGACGAUGCCCCCGCCGCCCACAUCCGCUGCCUCGCCAUGUCCAUGGGCCAGCCUCGCCGAGCCGUUCCGCUGACCCUGGCCCUCUGCUUGGCCGCCGCCGCCCGCAUGCCCGGCACCCUCGCCGCUGCCGCUCUGGCCGCCGGCCCUCGUCCCGCUCCCCUGGGCAGCCCCCUGACCAUUGCCCACCCCAGCGGCCGCCUCGACGUCGGCAUCAUCCUGCCCGGCAACGCCGAGACCAUUGUGUCGGCCGAGCUGCUGCGGACGGCCCGCGUCCUCAUGAAGGGCCAUGUGUACUACUCGGCCUCUUCCUGA